UGUCUCCAUAAGCGCCAUUUUGGAUCAGCGCAGCAGUCCCAUCAGCAAACUGAGUUGGCAAGUAGCAACCGGAGCUCUCGCAACAGAACAGAUGUUUAGGUGAUAUCUGCCAUUCAUUAAAGAAAUAAAGUCUUUCUCCCGGCGUGGUGAAAAUGAGCUCACCCGCAACCCCACCGGAUUCAGACCCGACCCGGCGGCGGCGUAUGCACAGUAUGCUGAAGGUUUACUACGGCCUCAAUGAAGAAGGAAAAGCCGCAGAACAAGCCGAAUCUCUGGAUCCCUGUGAUAUAAACGGGCCUCAUUUCGAUCCAGAGGUUUAUUUAAAUAAGUUGAGGAAGGAAUGUUCUCUGACUGAGCUGAUGGACCAUGAGUGCUGCAUGGUGAAGCAGAUCAGAUCUCUGGACAGUGACAUGCAAACCCUGGUUUAUGAAAACUACAAUAAGUUCAUUUCAGCCACAGACACAAUCAGAAAAAUGAAGAAUGACUUCAAGAAGAUGGAAGAUGAGAUGGACUGCUUGUCUGCAAACAUGGCCGCCAUCACAGAGUUUAGUGCCCGCAUUAGUGGGACACUGCAGAACCAACAUGCACAGAUCACCAAACUGUCAGGUGUCCACACUCUCCUGUGUAAGCUGCAGUUCCUGUUUGAGCUGCCAGCAAGGCUCAAUAAGUGUCUGGAGCUGCAGGCCUAUGCUCAGGCAGUGAGCGCCCACCGGACGGCACGAUGUGUUCUGCAGCAGUAUAGUCAUAUGCCCUCUUUCAGGGGCAUCCAGGAUGACUGUCAUGUCAUUAUGGAGCAGCUUGCUCAGCAGUUGCGGCAGAAAUUCAGGGAUGGUGGUUCGAGUGCUAAGGAUCUCUCAGAAUGUGUUGAGCUUCUUCUGCAGUUAGAUGAACCAGCAGAGGAGCUUUGUGACAAGUUCAUAAGCCACGCCCAGUCCAGAUUGGAGGCGGACCUCCAGGGAUUGGAGGCGGAGCUUAAAGACUCAACAGUUGCUGAUACUGGUGGAAACUUUGCCCAAAAAACAAGUCCUGGAUCAAAUCCUGUCUCUCCAUCUAACACCUCUGCGUUCAAUCCUUUCCUCUCUCCUACUGCCGGAACAGACAUUCUAGAGUUUGUAGAUCGAGGCUGUAAUGAGUUUGUUAGCAACCUUUGUUUGGUUAUUGCCUCCUAUCAAGAGUUGUUCAUCAACCGUCCACAGGAGUGCGAAUUAGCUUCGAAGAACAUUCCUGAGAUGGCUAAUGGCAAGCUACAUGUAUUUGUCGACACCCUGGCUGCUAGAUAUUUCUCUUUGGUGGAACGAAGGAUACAGGAAGAAAAAGGGGUGGGAGAUAACUCCUUAUUAGUGAGAGCUCUGGACCGCUUCCAUCGCAGAUUGCAGGCCAUAUCUAAACUACUUCCUGGGUCAGCGGUGCCCAGCCAAGGAACUGAGAUUGUGGUGCGGGCUGCAAGAGAGAGAAUCAAACAGUACCUGUCUGCCUUACAAACCUUCUACCAUGACAGCCUUACUGAUGUAAGACAGGCUUUGGCUGCCCCACGCCUAUCAGCGGGUGGGGCCAGCGCAUCAGGAGGAGGGGCUACAAGUAAAGAUGCCCCACCCAGUCUGCCAGAUCUGCUGACUUCCUUGUCAAACUUUAUUCUCAAUCAGUUAAAGUCUGUAUUAGCCUCAGUGCAUCACUUUACAGCAAAGGACAUCACGUUCUCCAACAAGCCUUAUUUCAAGGGUGAGUUUUGCAGUCAAGGUGUGCGUGAGGGUCUGGUGGUAAGCUUUAUUAAGUUCAUUUGCCAGUCGUCUCGGCAGUAUUGUGAAAGUGCUGGUGACAGAGGUGGCUCCACCCCCCCUGCUCUCCUUCUGUUGCUCUCUCGUCUCUGUCUGGAUUACGAGACAUCCACCAUCUCAUACAUCCUAACGCUCACAGACGAACAGUUUCUAGUACAGCAUCACACUCCGGUAACUCCAGUUACAGCACUUUGUGCAGAGGCCAGAGAGGCUGCACAAAAACUAUUGAAUCACUAUGUGAAGGUUCAGGGAUUAAUUAUAUCUCAGAUGUUGAGGAAGAGUGUGGAAACGAGAGACUGGGUGAACACCAUCGAACCUCGAAAUGUCCGGGCUGUAAUGAAGAGAGUGGUGGAAGAUACCACCUCUAUUGAUGUACAGGUUGGACUGCUUUAUGAGGAGGGGGUUCGGAAAGCCCACAGCAGUGACUCCAGCAAACGUACCUUCUCUGUGUACAGCAGCUCUAGACAACAGAUUCGAUAUGCACCAAGUUACACUCCCAGUGCUCCAAUGGACACAAACCUGCUUAGUAACAUUCACAAACUGUUUUCUGAGAGGAUUGACAUCUUUAGUCCAGUUGAGUUCAACAAGGUCUCAGUGCUAACUGGCAUCAUUAAGAUUAGUCUGAAGACAUUACUUGAAUGUGUCCGUCUCCGUACAUUUGGCCGUUAUGGCCUGCAGCAAAUCCAGGUGGAUUGCCACUACCUGCAGAUGUACCUGUGGCGGUUUGUGUCUGAUGAGAACUUGGUGCACUUCCUGUUGGAUGAGAUUGUGGGUAGUGCCGCCCACCGUUGCCUGGACCCCUCUCCAAUGGAGCAAAGUGUCAUUGAGGUCAUCUGUGAGAGAGGGUAGAGAGGGACAAAGAUUAUCGUUGACAACCUUUAAACUGUUAGGGUUGGGUUUUAGUUUCCUUAUAACUACAAACCAAUUUGUGGAAUACUUGAAAUUCAGUUUUCAUGUAAUUGAAAAGAGUAUUAAAGGAAUAGUUCAGACAGCUGGACUGAAGGUGGCUGGAUUGAAACUGGAAUGAACAUUUGUUUAACCCUUUGCUUGAGUCUGACUCUUCGAAGGAAGCUAAGCAUUUGGGUGUGGACAUUUGUGUGUAUUGGGUGCUAAGAUGAAAUGUUGUGACCUCUUGAACACAACGUAGCAUUAAAAGUAAAAGAUAACCCACGAAUUUCACUGUCGAAUACGUCAAAUCACUGUCUGUCUUACUACAUUUAAAGGUAAGAUGAUCUGUCUAUAAAAAUAAAGUCAGUAAAUUAAGAUCUUUUAUUUUUUUUUUUUUUUUUUUUUAUGGUUGAUUCAUGAGUAUGACUGUAAAGGCUGCUGAAUGUUAUGUA